AAAAAAACAGAAAUUGUUGAUGAUUUUUUCUUGAAAUUGAAAAUUGAACAGCAAUCAAAAAUAAUGAUACGAAAGUGUUGGAUCAAUUUUUCCUGAGAAAGUUUGAAUCAAAUUCAAAAAUACUGAGUGACAGAGACACACAUAUAUAUACAUAACAUACAUAUUUAUGCAUCAUUCUAUGAUAACCAUCAUAAUACUAAGAUUAUUCUAUUAUUAUUCGAUAUGGAUAUUAACAAAAUUAUCACAUUCAAUGAAUGCUGAUCAAUUCGGUGAAUCGGAUGCAGAUCAUAUUGAAUUAACACAACUAAUUUAUAAUCAUGAACAAAUACGUCUACGAUGUGAUGCAAAAAGUUAUCGAGCUGUGGAAAGUUUGAUUCUGUUGAGUUGUCCACUUAGUAAAACUGGUGUAUGCAGAGAAAAUUGUAUUAAUCCAUGUACAGCAAAUGAAACAUCAACAAUGUGUAAUGAAGCAGUAACAUUGGCUAUACCAAAAUGUAUUUAUCGUUCAAUGGCUAAUGAUCAUAUACAAAUUGAAUAUUUAAUACAUUUAAAUGCUAUCAAUGUUAAAGGUCAUUGGUGGUGUACAUUUCGUGGUAAACGUUCUAAUUUCAUUGAAUUAGAUGCAUAUAGUACUGCUCAUCAAAAAUCAACUACACUAAUUAGCAAACAGCAACAUAAUUUAACAAACACAAAAACUCUCAAUGAAUAUGAAACAGUAAUUGAUAUUACAACUCAAAUUGAUAUUUCACCUAAUCUAACACAAUUAAUUAUUGGACUUGUAGGUGUUUCAAUCGCCUUCAAUAUAUUCUUUUUGAUACGAUGUUUUACUGUGAAAACGUAUUUAAAAAAUCUUCACAAUGGUCAUUCAAGAAAUAAAUGUCUUGAUCAAUUACUCUGCAUAGAUCAACCAAGAAAAUUUACAUCAAAUAAAAGGAUAAAUUAUAAUCCUUUGGAAACAUCGAAAAUGUCAAUAUCAACAAAUGAACAAUGGUGUAAACCAAUAAUGAAUCAUCAUAAUAGUAGCACACCGUUUAUUGAACAUAGAACAAUAAAAUCGAUUCCAUCUUCACCAACCAUGAUGAUGAGUCAUCAGCCGAAUUUCAAUCAAUAUCCAUUGCCAUUACAACAAUCCGUUAAUCAUUCAAAAUAUUCUAGAAAUAAUCAAAAUUCUUCAAUGGAAUUCAUUUAUGAUGAAGUGCAUAAUUCUAUUUAUACUACUUUAACUAAUCAAAUCAAUGAGAAUGAUGAGAAGAAACGUGAAACUAUGUUUAACAAACGUAACAACAAUACAAUUCGAACUGUAUAUGAUGUUGGUGAUUGGCUUGUAGAUCGAUCUGGUCAAAUCUACAUUCCAUAUGCACAAAUCACACCAAAACCUCAAAGAACUUUACUGAAUAAUUUUGAAUAUUCUACGCUAGGAAGAAGAAAUGAUCUGGUGAAAAAUCCUUCACCAUUGAAUACAAUUAAUGAAACAUUUCAACAACAAAAUCAACCACAACAAUCACAAUUAACAGCUGUAUAUCCAAUACAAAUUGAAAAUACAAACCAAAUGAUCAAUAACAGUAAUAAUAAUAAUCACAAUCAAACUAUCAAUUCUUCUCCUCUAAACUAUUCAUCUGCUUCAAUCAAUAAACAAACAUCUGUACCACCAUUGUUAACUAAUCAACUUUUAUUAAAACAACAACAACAACAAAAUAAUAUUCCAGCUGCAGUGAAUGAAUUAGAUCAUGCUAUUGAACAAAAUG